CUGCAUCGAUUGUCGAGCUCACGGAUGCGAAUGCGUCGGUUCGGCGAUCUGCUGGCCUGGUCUGCGCAUGAGCGGGGACGCGCAGGGAGAGGAGUGGGACUGGGAGCAGCUGUGGCAAAUGUUCCACCAGUCCAGCAAUCUCGAGAAGAAAAGACCAUUUACGACUGAAGAGAACAUUUAACGCACACUUUGAGCGGAAUCUAGUGAGGAGGAUCGCGUUGGACGUCCGCGAUCACCUGCGAAGCGAACAAAGUAGCAGAUCGGCGCGUUUUCUGAACUCACUGCGAACAAAAUAACAACCCCGAAAGACUGACAAUAAAAGCCCACAACUGACACCAGACCGAACCAGGGCCUCGAUACACCGUCCUCUCCUCAACUCGGACAUUUACCCUGCUCUAUUUCAGAAAAGCCCUUCUUCUCUUGCUGAAACUCAGGAAACAAUGAAGACUUAAACUCAUGUGUUAGCCGCUGAGCUGAGUGAGUGUGAGUGUGUGUGUGUGUGUGAGAGAGAGAGAGAGUCUGUGCUCUUCUCUCUUCUCCAGGAAACUUUGUCCCGUCGCUUUUAAAGACUGGAAGCAGAAGAACCUUUAACAGACUCGGAGAAGAAGCUCAGGCUGUCUUCUUGAUUUCUGCAUGGAGGUGAGGGGCGAGGACAGGGGAUCGGACGGCAGCAGAGGCCCCGACUCGACCCCACAUAACAGCAAACCCUCGCGAGCACGGCUGACGGAUCCUGACAUGAUGAUCUACCCCAGCUCCGGAGGAGAGGAUCUCACGGGGAGAGCUGCCGCUGCCGGGUGCGAGUCGCCCUCCUCGGAUGGGCCGGGCAGCACCCGGAUGUCGCCCACCGACGGGCCCACGGUUUUACCACCUUUACCGCCGCCCCCUCAGCCGCCUGUAAUCGGGCCGCAGGGGAGCGUGGAUGAAAGUGAUCAACAGGAUGGGCCAGAAUAUGAGGAAGAGGAGGUUGUUUUCCCCCUUUCGGCGCCGCCCACCAACCAAUGGUACCAUGGAAUGUUGGACAGAACCAUUGCAGAAGAGAGAUUGCGUCAGGCUAGGACACCGGGCAGCUACCUCAUCAGGGAAAGCGACCGGCGGCCUGGCUCCUUCGUACUGUCCUUUCUCAGCGUGACCAAUGUGGUCAAUCACUUCAGGAUCAUUGCGAUGUGUGGAGAUUACUACAUCGGUGGACGGCGCUUCUCGUCCCUGUCAGACCUCAUUGGUUACUACAGCUAUGUGUCUUGCCUACUGAAAGGUGAAAAACUGUCGUCUCCAGUGGCUCCCCCUGAGCCAGUAGAGGACAGGCGACGAGUGAGGGCCAUACUUCCAUACACCAAAGUGCCAGAAACUGAUGAGAUCAGUUUUCUCAAAGGAGACAUUUUUAUCGUUCACAAUGAACUGGAUGAUGGUUGGAUGUGGGUAACCAAUGUUCGGACAGAAGAACAGGGCCUUAUCGUGGAUGAUCUUGUUGAGGAGGUGGGGCGAGAAGAGGAUCCCCAUGAGGGAAAAAUCUGGUACCACAGGAAGAUCAGCAAACAGGAGGCGUACAACCUGCUAAUGACAGUUGGUCAGGUCUGCAGCUUUCUGGUCAGGCCGUCGGACAACACACCAGGCGACUACUCUCUCUUCUUUCGUACCAAUGAGAACAUCCAAAGGUUCAAGAUUAGCCCCACUCCAAACAACCAGUACAUGAUGGGAGGGCGGUACUAUAACAGUGUUGAUGAUAUUAUCGAACGUUACCGAAAAGAGCAGAUCGUGGAGGGCUACACUCUGAAAGAUCCUGUCUCAGUCCAGCAAAAAGAGCAAGUCCUCUCCGACUUGGUCGACGGCAGAGAAAUCUAUAACACUAUUCGACGGAAAACAAAAGAUGCUUUCUACAAAAACAUUGUCAAGAAAGGAUAUCUUCUCUUCAACAAAGGGAAGGGUAAGCGCUGGAAGCAUUUGUACUUCAUCCUGGAGGGCAACGAUGCUCAGCUCAUUUACUUUGAGAGUGAGAAGCGAGCCACCAAACCCAAAGGACUAAUCGAUCUGAGCGUGUGCUCAGUGUACGGAGUCCACGACAGUCUGUUUGGCAGGCCAAACUGUUUCCAGAUUGUGGUUCAGCACUUUAGCGAGGAGCAGAUCAUUUUCUACUUUGCUGGGGAGACACCUGAGCAGGCACAGGACUGGAUGAAAUGCCUGCAGACGUUCUGCAGUAACCUUAGGAAACCCUUGCAGACCACAUUCAACAAACGCUUGCGUCAGGUUAGCAGUUUAGUCCUGUAUGUGGAGGAGGCCCACAAACUUCCCAUCAAACACUUCACCAACCCCUAUUGCACCAUCUCACUGAACAGUGUGCAGGUGGCAAAGACUCAUCCUAGAGAGGGACAGAACCCUGUGUUCACCGAGGAGUUCAUCUUUGAUGACUUGUCGAGCGACAUCAAUAGAUUUGAAAUAAGCUUAAGCAACAAGACCAAGAAGAGCAAAGAAAGUGACAUCUUGUUCAUGCGUUGCCAGCUGAGCAAGCUGCAGAGGGGCCAGAUGAUCGAUGAGUGGUUUCCUCUGAGCUCCUACGUGCCACUGAAGGGAAUUGAGCCAGGCUCACUGCGCAUAAGAGUGCGAUACUCCAUGGAGAAGAUCAUGUCUGAGGAAGAGUACAGUGAAUUCAAAGAGCUCAUCCUGCAGAGAGACUAUCAUGUGAUCUAUGCAUUGGCUCACGUGUGUGGACAGGACCGCACCCUGCUGGCCAGCAUCCUGCUCCGUAUCUUGAGACACGAGCGAGCCGAAGCUCCGUUACUGAGGAUGUUGAAUGACAGAGAAAUUAAUAUGGAGGAUGAAGCUACGACGCUGUUUCGAGCCACAACUCUGGCCAGUACUUUGAUGGAGCAGUACAUGAAGGCCACAGCCACUCCUUUCGUCCAUCACGCCCUCAAAGACACCAUACUGAAGAUCAUGGAGAGCAAGCAGUCCUGUGAGCUGAACCCGUCUAAACUGGAGAAGAAUGAGGAUGUUAACCUGAAUCUAGCUCACUUACUCAACAUCCUGUCGGAGCUGGUGGAGAAGAUAUUUAUGGCUGCUGAGAUCUUGCCCCCGACCCUGAGGUACAUUUAUGGUUGUCUUCAGAAGUCUGUGCAGCAGAAAUGGCCUACCAACACUACAAUGAGAACCCGAGUUGUGAGUGGUUUUGUCUUCUUAAGGCUCAUCUGCCCUGCCAUUCUCAACCCCAGAAUGUUCAACAUCAUUGCUGACCCUCCAUCCUCCACAGCAGGUCGAACGCUUACCCUGGUAGCAAAGUCUGUGCAGAACUUGGCCAACCUGGUGGAAUUCGGUGCUAAGGAGCCCUACAUGGAGGGGGUGAAUCCCUUCAUCAAGAACAACAAAGAAAGGAUGAUCAUGUUUCUGGAUGAGCUGGGGAAUGUUCCUGAUCUCCCGGAAUCUACCGAGCACUUUAGGACUGAUUUGUCCCGUGACCUUGCUGCCCUGCAUGAGAUCUGUGCUACUCAUUCUGACGAACUCCGCACCCUCAGCAAUGAGAGAGGAGCACAGCAGCACGUGCUGAAAAAGCUGCUGGCCAUCACUGAGCUCCUCCAGCAGAAACAGGCGCACUAUGCCAUGUCCAACAGCACCAGAACUGAAUGUACCUUUAUGGCUGUAGCAACCACAAUCCAGAUCCUCUGAAAGAAAAGAUUGGUAGCAAAAACAGCAAGACUCGUUCUCCCCAGAUGCAAACGAAGAAGGUGGAUGCUCUGACUCUAGUCAGGCAACACACUGCCAAUCUCCAUCGUUCAAAACUUGAAUUCACAUUGAGCCAUCAAAGAGAUAUUAUUUCUGCCGAAAUUAUCUCUUGGACCUCCCUACACUGAAAAUCACGAAUCUUCAACAGAAGAACCAAAACUGAGUUUAAAUCUGAAACGCUGGUGUAUUAGUUAACCACUGGUGUAACCAACCUGGGAGCCGCGAGCGCUAGACUGGCAUCUGUAGCAAGCAAGAACUUUGGCACUGCAUUGCUCUUGAGCAUCAGGGAAGCGAGAUGCACGCCUUAAGAAACCGUCUACACUCAAUACUACCACACAAGCUCUUCCUGUUUUCGACUGCGGUUUCACAUAGAGGUAGGCUUAGAUCUACAGAUAUCGACUGAUUCCUAUCUUACCUUCUGAGCCGCUUCGCUUGACAAGAUGCUGCAUCCUGGCUUUUAUCUCCAAACCAGUGUUUGUAUGUGAUACAUGAGCAGAUCAGUGAGACCGAACCAAUUUUGGAGGAUAGAUUACACGAGGCUGGAGCAUGCGUCCACUUUUAAUAACCUGCCCCUGUUCUUCCACCUAACCUACAACGGCACCAUCUCGAGCUCCAAUGAAUUCUAAAGCUUUUCCCCAGAAUGGGCCAAGUAGGUUAUGAGCUUCAUGGUUGAUUUCAGAUCACAAAAAAGUCGAGCAUCAAGACCUACUGACUGUAAAAUGAUAUUAUUUUAUUAUAUCAGUCUGUUUAUGUUUCUCAAACUCGCUUAAGAGUUAAUUUGGCUGUUUCUUGAUGUGUAUUAUUAUGUAAAACCUCAAAACGUAUCACCAGUUUAUUAUGAUUCUAUGAUGUGCUUUUGUUUGCUCAAUUUGACAGGUAGUUGCAAUGUCCUGUCCUCGCUGACUCCCUCACUAAGAAACUACUGUGGUGGUACAAUUGUACAGUGGAGAUAACUGAUGGAAAUACCAUGCUACUCUGAUAUACAUCAUUGUAAUGAAUGACUGCCAUGGUACAUGUCCACAAAACUGCUUUUAACCAUUGUGCCAUGUCAUAAAAACAUGGUAAUGCAUUCAUGUCAGUGUAUGAAGGUGUAUAUUCGCUACAACUGACUUGAAACGGCUCACUCUGUACUCAUUCCAUGUUUUCAUCUACAGCUGAUGUAGGGGAUUCUGUACAGUACAUUUAGCUGCAUUUUAUGACCCAGCAAAUCUAUGAAAAGCAUGAUGCAGAUUUACUUUUUUUUUUGUAUUUUAGGUAGCUCAUGUAUUGUUAUUUUUCUAUUUUAUACUCAAAACCCACAACUUUUGCAUCUUAGAUACAAAACACCAAGUUACUAACCUGGCUGAAUAAAACUCUUAGUAUGAUUA